AUGGUGGCGGAAUGGAUGGAUCCGGCGGAGGCCAUCCUGAUCCACUGGCCCGUUUUCCCGGAGGCGUCGCCUCCCCUCGUCCGGCUGGCGCUGGCUCUCUGCAUCCCGCCGGCGCCGCCUACCCUCAACCCGCCGGCGCCGCCUCCCAUCAGGCUGCCGGCCCUCAACCCGCCGGCGCUGCCUCCCUUCAAGCCACCGGUGCCGCCUCCCCUCAUGGCGCGGGCGACCCUGCCUUGGGUGCGGGUGCAUGGCGAGGCGGCCACACGACCUUUCUUGCUGCAGCGGCUGCGAGCGCGGCAGCUGGACCGUCUAGGGGAGGCGCUGGAGCAUUUGCUACAGCCACCGCCGCCGCCGCCACUGGAGAAUGGCCGGAUUGGUGGAGGGCUUCGGCUGCGGCUGCGGAGGUUCUAG